CACACAAUGAAGGCGCAGGUAGUCUUUUGUGUGUUCGCUCAACUCAUGUUGAUAGCAGUUGUCGCUGCAGAGUAUGCGGGUCGCUGCGGUUCUAGUGGGUUCUUUGGAACUGGAAGCUACUGCUCGGAAGGAUGCUGUGGCGGGGAGUGCUGUACAGAAGCACCAUUGGAAACAUAUGAAAACACGCUCGGUAUCAUCAUCGGAUGUAGCGUGGGUGGAACCAUCCUACUCCUCAUCCUGGCGACUGUGGUGGCCUGCAUCAGGACUUACCAAAGACGCAGCAAUGCGGUGACUGUUCCGGCUCAGCCUGACUUCAGAGUCGCAACCGUCGCGUCCACCACAUCUGCCAAUGCUGAACAAUACAGAACAUGUGAAACACAAUCAUUGUCACCCGACCCUCACGAUUACAGUCCAAGCUGUGUCAUUAAACCUACUUAGGCUGCCGUUCACAUCGAGGACCACCAUAGCCCGGAUUUAGAGAGAGAUAUUUCUAUCUUUAUCAUAUGUCUAUAAAUUCUUUGACCGUGACAUAAAUUUAUUUUAGAUACACACGACCAGCAAGGACUUAAUAUAUAAUGUGGGUUAUAAAACUUAUCCAGAACUGAUUAUCUUAAACAAUCAUGGCUGAUAUAUAUCAUAUAAUGUGAAUAUGAUGCACCGU